AUGAUGCCACUUCACAUCAAGAGCAUCACUCUUGAUGCCUUUAGAGAUGUUUUGUCGCGAUACCCUGCAAUGGUGCCCGAGAAGCUACGCGACCUAGACGCGCAACGCUACGACAUCAUUCCUGCAGCGGUAGCUGCAAUGGAAGAAAGCGAGAAACACUUGACCAAGGACCAAGUUGAAAAAAUCGUGGAAUGGAAGCUGAAACACGGAACGUUUCGUCCCGCCUUGUUAGGCCUGGUUCAAAGCAACGAGCCCGAGGCGAUUGAGGAGACGACCAAACGGGCCUAUGCAGCAUUAUCGAAGGGCAGAUCAGCUCAUCCUGACGCCAUUCCCGCGCUGAAGAUUCUUGUGAAGCUGAGAGGUGUAGGACCAGCAACUGCAUCCCUGCUUCUCUCGGUACUUCAACCUGUGGAGAUACCAUUCUUUUCAGAUGAGCUCUUCAGAUGGUGCAUGUGGGACGAGCAAGUGGUAAACGGAAAGGAAGGGAAGGGUUGGCAAAGGAAGAUCAAGUACAAUCUCAAAGAAUACGAGAUGCUGCUCGAGCGCGUGGAUGUGCUGAGACUAACACUGCGUAAAGGGCUUGGAAGAAAAGAUACUAUGGCGGGGGCAACGGAUAUCGAGAGAGUAGCUUGGGUCUUAGGAAAAGAAGGUGUAGAUGUCACACUGCAGGAAGAGGAAAGCAGGGAUGCUACAAUAGAAGCGGGUGAGAAGGAGAAGGAGCAGGAGCAAGAUGACAAGAAGGAAGGAGAGCAUGACGAUGAGGAAAGAGCAGAGAAAUCUGCGGCAAACAAGGGCACCAAGCGCAAGGCGUCUGACGCAAAACAGCCUACUGAAGGUACUCGCAAAAGUACACGGACGAGAAAGUAG